AUGGACCGGCUGGGGCUUUUGGGACUGCUCUGUGCGGCGCUGCUGGGCUGUUGGGAACCUGGUGAUGCCUUAACGUGCUUUGAUAAGCAGUAUGUGUACAACAGUAGAUGCUGCAACCGGUGUCAGCCAGGGGAAAAGCUGGUCUCUGAGUGCAAUGAAACAGAAGACUCUGUCUGUGCCCCCUGUGAGCCAGGGCAUUAUCAGCCAAGCUGGACCAAGGAGAAGCACUGUACUCCUCAUGAUAUCUGUGAAGGCAAUGCCGGCCUCAUUGUGAAGAUGCAAGGAAAUGCAAUACACAACACAGUGUGCCAGUGCCAGGUGGGCACACACUGCUCUGACAUCAGCUGCCAGACCUGCGUGGAGAACCAGCCAUGCCAGCUUGGCUCUGGCUUCGUGGCAGCCAAGGCCGUGGAGCGUUUGUCAUCCCCCUGUGAACCCUGUACAGAAGGCACCUUUUCCAACGUCUCUUCUAAAACCGAGCCCUGCCACCCCUGGACAAGUUGUGAGGAAAAGGGGCUGGUGGUGAAGGUGAAAGGGACGAACUCCUCGGAUGUGAUCUGCGAGUCGAGCAGGCGCUCCUCGCUGUCAGUGCUGAUCCCCAUCACGGCUGCAGUCGUCACGUGCCUCUUGGGUGUCGGCAUCUACUGCCUGGUCCACACAGAUUCCAGGCGACGGGUGCCGAAGGAGAUAGAGGCUGGGGACCUCGGAGAGAACCCAAAUACCCAGCAGCCCACGGAGCAGGAUGAGAAUGUCUUGCCUGUGCAGGAGACUCUGCUCAGGGGCCAGCCUGUGGCCCAGGAGGAUGGCAAGGAGAGCCGCAUCUCAGAGCAGGAGAUGCUGUGAAGGUGCAGAGCGCUGCUUCUGACAGGAGCACAGACUGGGGACCAGCACCAUCUCCUCUGUCCCCUCUCCAGCUGGGGAGGAAAUCUGUCAUCUGACCUGGCUGCAAAUGAUGCGAUGCUGCAGUGGACCAUGGCACAACCACCCCACGGGAAUACCACUACACCUGCUGGUCUGGUCACCUGCACAGGGCUGCCCUGGUGGAGAAAGACUUGGCUGCCCGCAUGGGGACAUGGGACAGAGCCCCAUCCUGCUUCCUGCCCAGGUGAUGCAAUGAAGUCCAGCAUGGCCCCUGGCCACAGCAGAGUGUCACUGCUGACAGGAAGACCCCAGCCCAGAGCCCAGUCUCCCUGAGUGCUAGAGAAGCCAGGGCU